CACGCCCCCGCCCGCAGCGUCACGUGACGCCACCACGGAACCCAAGGAGCCGGGCCUAAGCCGAGUUAAAAGUCGUUGCCGGCGGCCGCCGCGAGUGCAACCCGAGAGGCUCACCCGGAGACGAGUGUGGCAGGCCCGGGGAGGUAGAUGCUACCUUUUCCCGGUCAGGUCGGCUCCCGGUCCCUUGCCACCAUUCGCCGCUCGCGUCUCCUUGAGCCUUUGCAUGCGCUCUCUCGCGUGAGCAGGCCCCGGUUACCAUGUAGCGGGAAAGCCUGAGGGAGCACGGGUGCCGGGUACGAGCUCAGCGCUGACGGCACGCAGCUUCGGCGUGUGUGGCCCCCCUUCCCCCUUCCGCCCCCCGCAUCUCUGCCGCGGCCCGCGGGGCCCUGCUGGGAACUCCGGCCUCCCGAGGAGGCCUGGCCCCGAGCGCCGCCAAUUCUCGCCGCCGCCUCUCGCGAGAGUCCAAGUUGAAGGAACAUGGCGACAUCUAAUCUGUUAAAGGAGAAUGAAGGCAUCCAGCUAAGGAAGCUGAAGACCACUGGACAAAUGAGACAUCUGAGGGAAAAGGACAAAUCAUCCAGAGAAAAUGUCCCAAGAAAAAGAAAUAAAGGUUCUCUGCAGUUUGAAGACAAGUGGGAUUUCAUGCGUCCAAUUGUUUUGAAGCUUUUACGCCAGGAAUCUGUAACAAAACAGCAGUGGUUUGAUCUGUUUUCGGAUGUACAUGCAGUCUGUCUCUGGGAUGACAAAGGCUCAUCAAAAAUUCAUCAGGCUUUAAAAGAAGAUAUUCUUGAAUUUAUUAAGCAAGCACAGGCACGUGUCCUGAGCCAUCAAGAUGACACAGCUUUGCUAAAGGCAUAUAUUGUUGAGUGGCGAAAAUUCUUCACACAGUGUGAUAUUUUACCAAAACCUUUUUGUCAACUAGAGGUUACUUUAUUGGGUAAACAAAGCAGCAAUAAAAAGUCAAAUAUGGAAGAUAGUAUUGUUAGAAAGCUCAUGCUUGAUACGUGGAAUGAGUCAAUUUUUUCAAAUAUAAAAAACAGACUGCAGGAUAGUGCGAUGAAGCUGGUGCAUGCUGAGAGAUUAGGGGAAGCUUUUGAUUCUCAGCUGGUCAUAGGAGUUCGAGAGUCCUAUGUUAAUCUUUGUUCUAAUUCUGAGGACAAGCUUCAGAUCUAUAGGGAUAAUUUUGAGAAGGCUUACUUGGACUCAACGGAGAGAUUUUAUAGAACACAGGCACCCUCGUAUUUACAGCAAAAUGGUGUGCAGAAUUACAUGAAAUAUGCAGAUGCUAAAUUAAAAGAAGAAGAAAAAAGAGCACUCCGUUACUUAGAAACAAGACGAGAAUGUAACUCUGUUGAAGCACUCAUGGAAUGCUGUGUAAAUGCGCUGGUGACCUCAUUUAAAGAGACUAUUUUAGCAGAAUGCCAAGGCAUGAUCAAACGAAAUGAAACUGAAAAGUUACAUUUGAUGUUUUCAUUGAUGGACAAAGUUCCUAAUGGGAUAGAGCCAAUGUUGAAGGAUUUGGAGGAGCAUAUCAUUAGUGCUGGCCUAGCUGACAUGGUGGCUGCUGCUGAAACCAUCACUACUGAUUCUGAGAAGUAUGUGGAGCAAUUACUUACUCUGUUUAAUAGAUUCAGUAAACUGGUCAAAGAAGCUUUUCAAGAUGAUCCUCGUUUCCUUACUGCAAGAGAUAAGGCGUAUAAAGCAGUUGUUAAUGAUGCUACCAUAUUUAAACUUGAAUUACCUUUGAAGCAGAAAGGAGUGGGGUUGAAAACUCAGCCUGAAUCGAAAUGCCCUGAGUUGCUUGCCAAUUACUGUGAUAUGCUAUUAAGGAAAACACCGUUAAGCAAAAAACUAACCUCUGAAGAGAUUGAAGCAAAGCUUAAAGAAGUGCUCUUGGUACUUAAAUAUGUACAAAAUAAAGAUGUUUUUAUGAGGUAUCAUAAAGCUCAUCUUACCCGACGCCUUAUAUUGGACAUCUCUGCUGACAGUGAGAUUGAAGAAAACAUGGUAGAGUGGCUGAGAGAAGUUGGUAUGCCAGCAGAUUAUGUGAACAAGCUUGCCAGAAUGUUUCAGGACAUAAAAGUAUCUGAAGACUUGAACCAAGCUUUUAAGGAAAUGCACAAAAAUAAUAAGUUGGCAUUACCAGCUGAUUCAGUUAAUAUAAAGAUUCUGAAUGCUGGCGCCUGGUCUAGAAGCUCUGAGAAAGUGUUUGUCUCACUUCCUACUGAACUGGAGGACUUGAUACCUGAGGUAGAAGAAUUUUACAAAAAAAAUCAUAGUGGUAGAAAAUUACAUUGGCACCAUCUCAUGUCAAAUGGAAUUAUAACAUUUAAGAAUGAAGUAGGUCAGUAUGACUUGGAAGUAACCACGUUUCAGUUGGCUGUGUUGUUUGCAUGGAACCAAAGGCCCAGAGAGAAAAUCAGCUUUGAAAAUCUAAAACUUGCAACAGAACUCCCUGAUGCCGAACUUAGAAGAACUUUAUGGUCUUUAGUAGCUUUUCCCAAGCUCAAACGCCAAGUUUUGUUAUACGAACCUCAAGUCAACUCACCCAAAGACUUCACAGAAGGGACCCUCUUCUCUGUGAACCAGGAGUUCAGCCUAAUAAAAAAUGCAAAAGUUCAGAAAAGGGGAAAAAUCAAUUUGAUUGGACGUUUGCAGCUCACUACAGAAAGAAUGAGAGAAGAAGAAAAUGAAGGGAUAGUUCAGCUAAGAAUAUUAAGAACCCAGGAAGCCAUCAUACAAAUAAUGAAAAUGAGAAAGAAAAUUAGCAAUGCUCAACUGCAGACUGAGUUAGUAGAGAUUUUGAAAAACAUGUUCUUACCACAGAAGAAAAUGAUAAAAGAGCAAAUCGAGUGGCUGAUAGAGCACAAGUACAUCAGGAGAGAUGAGGCCGACAUCAACACGUUCAUCUACAUGGCGUAGCUGAGCACUGUGCCACUGUUGAAGCACAGAUAGAUUCUGGAGCCCCUGGGCAGAAAGUUGUCCCGGUUUGAGCUGGAGGAAGGUUUAUUUGGACUUUGAUUACAUAAAUAUUAAACUCUCUGCCUUACCUUACAAACGACUAUAUUUUGCCAGUCACAUUAGUUAGCAUGAUGGCAUUCCCUUCAUGUUGCACACUCUUAACAGCAUGCUGUUUUGUGGAGAAAAUUGCAUUCAUGAAGAGCCCAUUAUGAACUUCAAAGUCAGUUCAAUUUUUACCCACCAAGAGAAAUAACAUUUUGGAAGGGUGAGGGUGGGGUUCUUGUUGCUUCUUUUACCCCCUUCUCCUCUUUAAAGGAAUAUACUUGCACAAGGAAGGAUGCUCAGAUAUUCAUGCACUGAAAAAUGCUGUUAUCUUUUUUUUUUUUUAAAUGCAAUUAAAGGUAGAGGUAGCACUCUUAGCUUCUUUUAAUGAAAAGAGUGAAGUUGUCAACACCAUAUUGGGAAAGGGCAGGUGUACUUGAGAAGAUGAGGAUGCCAUAGUAUCAAGUUGUUUGUUAAACACUGCUUUUAGUUUAAUAACUGGAUUUUGAUGAUGACCUGAAAAUGGUAUUAAAUAUUUCUACCUUACAAAUCCUGAUUGUCGUUAAGCAGGAGACUGCUGUUUUAGUUGUUUGUUGUUAAAUGGUAAGGAUUUGGGGUUUCCUUUAUAAGUCUUGUAUCGUUGGAGAGCUUGUUUUGAAAACAUGAAGUUUAUAAUGAAUGUUGCUUCGGUUGUUAAAUUUAUGGGUAUAGGUAAGUCAUUGAUUGCAGAAUCAGAAUCACAAAGCAAACGUGUUAAGUGUGUUACUAAUACACUUAAUUCAUAUACACUUAAUAUUUAUUAUGCCAUGUCAAAAUUUAUUGAAAACAAUGCAGAAAAAUACUCUGAUACAGUACAAUGAGAGAAUUGCUUUCUAAACCUGUAGCAUAGAAUUAUUUGGUGUUUUGAAAAUGUUGUGAUUAGGGAUUUACCACCUCAGUUUUCUUGAAAGACAUUUUUUGUUAAAAUAAUAAUUCCCUGUCACCUAGGAGGAAGAGAGAUGAGAUUACAGCCUGAGAUCUGAGAAGCUUUCAGAGUUGUUGGCCGUAACAUGAGUAGUAACCUUGCCAAAUAUGUAUAUAUAUAUUUAUAUAUUUUAAAAAUAAGCAUUUUUAAAAUGUUCAGAGGGCAACACUUAGCUUGCUCUCUCAGUUAAUCCGGAGCAGUGACUCAGGACUUCACAAUGCAGUAGGAAUUUAGAAAUUGAGGGCUUGAGCAACUGAAGAGAGAAUGAUUCCCCAUCAGGAAAAAUGGCUCCAUGUGUAUUUUUACUCAUUGUGGUGCACAUUUCAAGUUUUCUUGCAAAUUGUUUUAUAAUCUUUGAUGUUAAGUAAUAUUUUGAAGUAUGGCUUUGAAAUUAACAGAAAAUGGAGUGUUGAGAAGCAUACAGUAUUAUAUCACCACAGUGGGCUGUGGACCUGCCUGCAGCCUCAGCAGCUGUGAGCCCCUUCCUGGAAGGAAGGGAAAUACAUGUCAGACAUUUAAAGUUUUUCUUAUAGUCAAAUAUCUGUUGGGAAACUCAUAGGAAGUUGGAAGUGCAUGUGUGCUCACUGUCUACCCUGCUGCUCUGAGGAGGCCAUGGCUAGAACAGGUGUGAAGCGUGACUCACUGUACGAGGUUUCCACGAUGUGGAUGAUAGUUGACGUUGGUGCAUCCAGAACUCAGAGAGAUACCUUUAUAAUGACUGUGGCCCUUCUGUUUAAUAGUUUUGGUGUUGGCAAAUUUUCCUGUCCCAGUACCAGAAUGCCAAAGGAGGAAACAAUCAAGGGAAAAAUUUUAGGCCAUUUCUUAAUGUUUAAGAUUUGUCAUUUUAAACCAUAAUUUUUCUUAGAACAUCUUUGAAAUUUCUAAUCACUUUGGUCAUUUAAGAAUGAGAGCUGUGAUGUUUUGAUUUAUAAAGGCAAACUUAAUGCAAAGUGGGUAACGCUAAAUCCAUAGCAAAGUUUUUUAUUAAAUUUUAUAAAUUUUUUACUAGUUAAUUAUGUCCUAAUUGUAUUUUGGGGAAUGAACAGCAGUCAAUACCACAGACUUAACAGUUUUCAUCAUUUUUUAAAAUAUAUAUACAAAAGUGUAAGUGCUUUUUGGUGUUAAUCAAACUGUUUAGUUGACAAGGUGCCUAUUGCCUAUACCAUUGUUGAGAUUUUCUUUAAGUAUUUUAUCAAUAGAUUUGCUAAAUUAAAAAAAAUUCUGAAACAGAUCUUAACCAGGAGUUUUCUGAAGGUCCAGAACCACCGUUACUGUUCCCUAUCUGACUUCUCUCCCUGCAGACUUUCAUUCUUGGCUGUCUGAGCAGGGCCAAGCAUGACACAGGUAAUGGGAAGAAGAACCCUGCCUUCCACUCACCAACAAAGAGCCAUUUGUAAGUCAAUAGUGUAGCAGGCUCAGAGUUUUCAGUACUUCCAUCUGAUUAAAGGUGGCAUCAUCUAUAGCCUGUUGCCAUCUCAUGGCCAGAGUAAGGAGACAGGAAACAGAUUCACACAGUGGAAAAUGUGGGACACAUUUGGUGAUCACAGUUAGACAAAUGUUAGACCAUCAUUAUUCUAAUAUUUUUUAUAAGGAUCCUCAAAUUCUGAAGUCGCCCAAUUUUUACAAUUAUUGGAGGAGGUCCCCGAGUUUAUCAACCUUUGUGCAUAAUUAUUAAAGUCUCCAAAAAAUGAAAUGUUAUUCUUAUUUUUACUCUUCAUUAAAUUUUAUGUGAUAUCAUUAGCCCUGCUCCAAGGGCAAAUUUUUCAAAUUCAAUCUGGGUGAAAUAUUUGCUAGUUUACAAAAGAUUUGCUAUCAUAAACUCAAGCUGGCUCUUCUGUUUUCAUGUAAACGACUGGGGUGCUGUCACAAGUUCUCCCAAGUCACAGUUAUGGAAGAAACAUUGUUUGAGAGCGUUCCUGUCAUCUACUCUCUGUGUGGUCUGGAGUUCCUAAGGUGUAGUCUAUCCUCAUGGUCUGUACAGUUUUGAAUGUGCACCACUACAUACUGAAAUGAUACUGUACAGUUUUACACGGGAGCAGUUUCUGUAUGCAGUAGGCUGAAAUAUUUUGAUGAUUUUUGGGAUUUUAUUUUUUAAGUUGUAUAAUUUAUUUUCUUGCAAAAUAAAAGUGUAAUAUAAAAGCUUUCA